GCCCUAUUAGCCCAGUGGAAUCCCACCUUAGCCCGAUAGGUUAGUUCUCUCGCUGGACAGAGGAGGCGCUGCAGCGCAGGAGCACUGCUGCCGCCGCCGCUCGAUGGCCGCCGCCGCCGCAUCACCUUCUCUUCCGCCUCGCACUCAGCACCUCUCGGCCUCCCCUCCCUCGCAGCUUCUUGCCGUCCCAAUCAAGACUCGCCAAACCCCUCGAGCACGGUCGGAUGCGAUGGUCAGGUCGCCGGCGGCCCCAACCCCAACCCCCAGGUCGCCGGCGGCCCCAAACCCGAACUCCAGCUUGCCGGCGGCCCCAAACCCGACCCCCAGGUCGCAGGCUGCCCCAACCCCGACUCCCAGCUCGCCUGCUGCAGAUCUUGAGGAGCACAAGGUUACUAAUGAGCUCUUGCGUGCCAUAAAAAUUGAGAAGGCUAAUGACCCAGAUCUUGAAGAGCACAAGGGUGCUGGUGAGCUCCUUACGGAACCACCAAAGUGCAAGAAAAGGAAGCGAAGUAGGCAGAGUAGCGGCAAGCUUCAUGGGGAACACCAAGAAACGAACAAAGUCGUCAUAAAGCCGUCGACGUCCAAGAAAAAGAGGAAGGCAAGUGAAGGAAUGUGCACUAAUGCACCAGCACCGUUGUUUGGACCUUUGGCCGUUGACAUGGAUAAGCAGCCACCACCAUUGAAGAAAAAAAGGCUUAAUAAGAGAGAUGUUGCAACUAUACCAUCAUCCGGAUCUUUGCCCAUUGACAAGGAUAGGCAGCCAUCACCUGGAUCUUUGCCUGUUGACAAGGAUAAGCAGCCAUCACCUGGACCUUUGGCCGUUGACAAGGAUAAGCAGCCAUCACCUGGAUCUUUGCCCCUUGACAAUAAUACACAGCCAUCAUCUGGAUCUUUGGCCGUUGACAAGAAUAAGCAUCCAUCACUAUCCAAAAAAGUGGUAAGGUCUCCAGUCCUUAACAAUGUCGUAGUUUCAUUCUUAGCAAGAAGAGAAAAAAAGGCCAAGUCACUAGAGAGCUCUCCAACGUCACAGCCUUCACUGCUAGCUCUGUCACCCAAAGUAGCAAACAUUGGUUCACGCAGACCACGAAAAUUAAAAUCAAAAAUUUGGAAAGAGGCAAAACCAAUCUAUAUUGAUGGAAUGCUUGCACAUGGUCGUUGCAUUCAUUGCGACAAACUCUUCCCUGCCUCAAAAAAGUCAGGUACAAGUCACAUCGGUAUGGUUGCCAAGAUACGAACUGAUAGUGCAAUCAAUCCAGAGUGAAGUUUGACCAAGGGCGUGCACGUAGAGCACUGGCAAAGUUGAUUGUGCUACAUGAAUUACCUUUCAAUCUUGUUGAAUAUCCUGGCUUUAGGGUAUUGCAUGUUAGUUGUGCUGCACAUGUACUGAAUCUUGUGGUGCAAGAUGGGCUCGAUGUAAUGGCGUCAGUUGUUGAUAGAAUCAGAGAUUUAGUGCAGUAUGUCAGGAGUUCUCAAGGCAGAAUGGAGAAAUUCAAUGCGAUGAUUGCGUGGGUGGGACUUGCUUGUAAAAACCAUCCUUCGCCAGAUGUGCCUACCCGAUGGAAUUCAACGUACCUAAUGCUUGAAUCAUCAUUGCCGUUCAGAGCAGCGUUCGAAGCCUUGAAAGAAACUGACAAAGAUUAUCAAUUUGCUCCUUCAGCUAGUGAAUGGGAGAUGGCUGAAGCUAUUUGCCAUCUUUUGGGCGUUUUUUUACACAGCCACAAAGAAAAUCUCGGGUAGGACAUAUCCCACCUCUCACCUGUACUUCUAUGAGGUCUGGAAUGUGAAGCAGAUAAUGGAGAAAGAAGUCACAAGUGAAAAUCCUACCAUUGUUGCCAUGGUGAAAGAGAUGGAGGAGAAAUGGAUGAAAUAUUUUGAGGAGUCGUUCUUAACAAGUUGUCUGCCAGUGAUAUUUGAUCCGAGGUACAAAUAUGAAUAUGUUCACUUCCGACUGACCGCAGCUUUGGGUGGUGGCGCCGGGAAAUAUCUUACCAAGGUGAAUAGUGCGAUGAAGAUCCUAUUUGUUGAAUAUGCAUCUGAAUAUGAAAACACUUCUGAUGAAGGUGAUGAGGUUGCAGAGGA